AAUUUUCGGAUAGUGUAUCGUUUUUAUGACAUUUCUACUUCCAUCCCCCUUUUUCUUGACCAAAUGAAAUGGCUAUUAGGUUGUCAAGGUCAGCAGGGAAGUGUGGGAAGCCUGGUCCUCGCCGCCACCUUGCAGACGCCGUAUUGAUUCCGCUCCCUCGAGAUGUCUUCAGAUUCCGAGGAGGAGAAUGGUGUGCGGCGGGAUGCAGAGGACAGUGACGGGGGCCGAUACAGCCGACACUCCCGCUCUCGGUCUCGCUCCCGUUCCCGCUCCUCCGGCAGAACGCCACCAAGGGAGGAUGACCUCGACGACAACCACCAGGAGCAGGAUCGGAAGGAAAAUGGGAUGAGGGGCGGUGGCAGCGACGACUAUGACUCCAAGAAGUACGACGACAGAGACAGACAGAGGGACCGCAGCUUCUCCAUGUCCCCGCCAGCCAAGGACAACAAGGACUGGUCUUCAGGAGGGGGUGGCGGCGCAGCAGAUGACCACAAGAGGGUAUCGCGCAGUCGCAGCAAGAGCAAGCCGAGAGAGGUGGAUACAGCCAAGGAACAUAAGUCGAGUAGCAGCGGCUCAUCCUCGAAGAAGAAGUCACGCUCGAGGAGGUCGCGCUCGCGGUCCAGAAGCAAGAGGAGGUCAAGGAGUCGGAGGCGCUCGAGGUCACGCUCCCGAUCCUACAACUCCAGGUCUCGCAGAAGAUCGCGUUCCAGGUCAAGGAGAAGAUCGAGGUCGAGGUCACGCAGACGGACACGCUCAAGGUCAAGGUCGAGAAGCGGCACGCCAGUGGACGGGGCGCGACUCCACGUGGCAGAACUAGAUGUUGAUACCCGCAAACGAGACCUGGAACGGGUGUUUGAAAAGUACGGCCGGCUGCGGGAGAUCUGGAUGGCGCGUAACCCUCCGUGUUUUGCCUUCGUGGUGUAUGCCCACCAGAAGGACGCUGACCGUGCCCUCAAGGAGACUGACGGCAUCAUGAUAGGCCACUGCCGCAUAAAAGUGACACAGGCCAGACCCCGGGUGCGUGGUGGCCGCAUGAGGGGUGGCUAUGACCCCAACCUGCGCUGCUACCAGUGUGGGGAGCUGGGACACUUCUCACGCAACUGUACUGACACCAAGUUUGGCUACAAGCGCCCUCCCACACCGCCAGGAAAAUGAGUGUUGCCGAUGAUGAUGAUGACAAAGCAGUCGUGAACCUUCAAAAAUGUGAUAUGGCGGGGUCCACAGCUUUAGGGUGUUGUAAUUUGAGUGGUGUGGUGUUAGUGUGUUACUCUUGUCCGGUGAAGAAGGCAGCAGUGGUGUGGUAUCCAACAUGGGAGAUGGUGCUAUACGGACCACGAUAAGGGGUGAAGUCACCUCCUGCUUUGGCAAACAAAAGUUGCUGUCCAAAUACCCCCUUGAUUUUCAGAGUGAGGGACAGUGUUGCCACCCGGUGUGUGAGGUGGAGGGUGUAGUUAUGGUAAAGAAUAGCAGAUGUUUACUAAGAGAAGCAGUUUUGAUUUUACCUUCUUGUUUGAUACAAGAUAAAUGUAGAUGUAGCCUGAGAAUAGUUUUGUCUCAUGUGCUUCUUGGCUCUCAGUAAAUUGAAAUGUCUUUUCAAAAUAAUAAUUAUUUCAUGGUUUUGCCCCAGUCACAUUAAACCAGAAGUUAUAAAGAAAUAUUUUCUUGAAGACAUUUCUUUGACUCAUGUCAGUAUACUUGGAAGGCAUUCUAGAUCCUUAUUUUAUUAAUGUAUCAUGUCAUGUAGGAGGAAUGUUAGCUCCUUAUCUUGAAAACUCAUAAUUAUUAAUGCAGGUAAAAUAUGUUAGAAAUCAUAAAAGAUAAAGGGAAGAGCUACUACCUGCUUGGCUAAGGAGGUGGAAGUUUGUUGACUCAUAAAAGGGAAUGAAGUAGCUCAUUCCUGGAUUGAAAAAUAUAACUGGUGCCUUGCUUUAAUGCUUCCUUAUAAGCUGCAGUAGGCCAGUAGCUUAGGUUUAGUAGAAUAUAUAUAUAUAUAUAUAUAUAUAUAUAUAUAUAUAUAUAUAUAUAUAUAUAUAUAUAUAUAUAUAUAUAUAUAUAUAUAUAUAUAUAUAUAUAAUUUUCUCUACUCAAUCAUCUUGCCAAUAUGACCACAUCUAUAGCUGACAGUCUGCAUGUCAUUCAUACACACAUUCUCUGCAGUGUUCGUCAAUAUUCUCACAGUUUUGCGACCACACUUCUCAGGGACUCUAAUCUACAUUUCAACUGUUUUCCUUAUUUCCUCAUUUGUAUAUUAGUACCACAGUAGCCCUCUUUUGCUCUCUUGGUUUUUCCCUUCAAGUGACUACAUCAUUAGACCAUGAAUCAUAUCUGCCAGUUGUUCUCUCCCUUCUCUUAGUAUCCAGUUAAAGACACAGUCAGGUCCUGGGUCCUUCCUUGCAACUUGAGUCCCUAGUAGCUCAUCUGCCUUUUUCUGAGCUGUGAACUGGUGUAGAUGACAUAGUAACAAGAAAACAAGUAGAAUAGUGUAGUGGCUUGUAGAACCUUCAACGCAUUACAGUGAGGCACAGUUAUAUGGCAUUUCCAGUUUAAGUAAAAGUAAGGUUUUAAUGACCAAUGUAGCUAAAAAGCAGUACAUCAACAAAGCUCUAAAGUGCUUUGCUCGGGGGUCAGUAGUCCUGUAUGUACCUGCACCUGGGAUAUCAGAAGUACUAUAGAAAGCAUUAUGGUAUUAGUACGCUCAAAGUUGCAGUCGGCAUUUGAAUAUGAUGCAGAUGUGAUUGAUUUAACGAAUACGCUUUGAAAUUAUUCCCCGUAAGAAUGAUUGUGAUUGCUAUUAUGGCAUAGCUCAGUUUUUCUGCUUCGAUUAAAACUGAUUUUAUAUUGAGUGUCGUGUAGCCCCUCCCCUUAAAAAAAAUUAUUUGCGUAAUGUAGUACAGUGCUUGUUAAACCCGCCAGGUGCAGGUAUGUCAGGUAAUCGCGGGUGGAGUUCAGGUCUUGGCGGCGCACACUACAACAUACCGGGCCUGUGUUUUCUUCCAGGUCCCACCGCAGGGGACGCCCACGCUCGCGGUCCAGGUCGCGCUCCCGUUACCGCAGCCGCUCAAGGUCUCGCUCAUGAGGUCCUUGAGCCGAGGGACCAACCAGCCUGCCAAAGGGGCGUGUGGGUACCCUGGACUGUCAACGUCGGCCCUUGGAACACUAGUGUCUGUCGGUGGUUCGCUGAAGGUGAAUUCUGGACUAUCAAUAAAUUAUUCAGUGGUAGAAAACCUGAGUUCUGUUUUGUCUGCCUCCAUUCAGUGUUAGUUGGCAAGUUCUAGCACAAACCAAUGAAAGAUUUUAGAACAUUGCCCUCACUCCAUCAGCCUCAGGACUGGUUGGUUUAAAGUUAAUUUGCCUUUUUCUGUUUAAGUACAUUCUGGGAGUACCCAACCACACUUCUUUAUUUAACAUUAUUGGUCAUGCCUGCUUUGAUUUCUGUUUGUAGGAUAAGUAAAAGACUUUUCAUGGUCAAUCACUAUAAGGAAUUGAUUGUACUUGAUGUGUAAGCAUUGAAAAUAAUAAAGAAUAAAAAGGAAGCAA